AUGGCCCCUGAGCGCAGCGACCAAAGUUCGCAAAAUGGACCCCGAGCGCGCCGACCAAAGUUUGCAAAAUGGGGCUUGAGUGCCAAAUUGGUCACGUGAGUCAAACUUAGACGGUCUAUAUCUCCGCAACGAGAAGCCAUAGGGCAAAUCUGAUUGCAUUUUAGCCAGAAAACAGGCAAUUUCUGUUCAGGAUACGUAAAGACCAAAGAUCUCACACAAAGUUUGCAAAAUGGGCCUUGAGCGCGCCGACCAAAGUUCGCAAAAUGGACCCCGAGCGCCGCAACCAAAGUUCGCAAAAUAGGCCUUGA